UGGACUUCAUAAUUAAAGCUAUCCUAGUGGACGACACGUGCAAGACGGUUUAUCUUGAAAGUUCAAGACGGAUGACGUUGUCGUCUCCUCCAGCCAGCUUGACAACACCCAGAGGAACCCGAGAACGGAGAGGAGGCACCCAGGCUAGGCACUUAGGCAGUAGGCAGAGUUGAGCAGCGGGGCGAGGGGCGAGGACGAAGACGAAGAAGGGGGGAGGACGGGGCGGCCGCGGCGGCACCACGGAGGCUCACCGGGAUGUACAGUAAACACAGGCAGAAAAAUGAGCACAUUUCGCCGGCGGCGUGCGUCUCUCUGCUCUUGUUUCUCGCUUUGUUCUCGCUGAACGGCGCCCUGGGAAGAGCCAGCGGGGACGGGUUACAGAGAGGACGGACAGUGACGGCAAGAUGGCGCUCUCCGGGCCAAAACCAGAAGGACGGCGACAUCUCGGCUCAGGAUGAGCGGCCAAUCAGAGGGGAAAUUGCGCUCUCCUCCGCUGACCUCCAACUGCUGCUGCGAGUGGAACACAACCGUGAGCUUUUGGGUCCAGACUUCGCCGAGACCUACUACACAGACCAAGGACAGCCGGUGACCGUGACCACGAGGAAUUACACCGAUCACUGCUUCUAUCACGGCGACGUAAGUGGACAUCCGGAUUCCUGGGUGGCCCUCAGCGUGUGCUCGGGCGUCAGGGGCCUGAUAUCUUUGGAUGUCAACACCACCUUCUACGUGGAGCCGCUGCCCGACGCGGCUCCUCCGCGGCGCCAUUCCUUGCUGCCCGCGCAACACCUGCAGUUGAAAGGCGGAGACUGCGGCCACGCCCGUCGCAUGCCGCUGUCCGGCCACAUUGCCGACUUUCUCGCACCGCAUCAUUUGAGGGCGAAAAGAAACACGUGGGGCACCACCAAGUACAUGGAGCUCUACAUCGUGGCUGACAACACGCUGUUCAAACGACAGAAUCGGGACUAUGAGAAAAUCAAGACCAGGAUUAUGGAAAUCGCCAAUUACGUGGACAAGUUCUACAGGGCUCUCAACAUCCGCGUGCCACUGAUCGGCCUGGAGGUCUGGACCGAGCGGGACCAGUGCAUUGUCACCGAGGAGCCCAACGCCACCCUCUGGUCCUUCCUGCAGUGGAGACAGAAGUUGAAGUCGCGCAAGAAGCACGACAACGCCCAGCUGCUCACCGGCGUGAUCUUCAAGGGGACAACCAUCGGGAUGGCGCCGCUGGAGGGCAUGUGCAGUCUGGAGAACUCCGGAGGGAUCAACGUGGACCACUCUGAGCUGUCCAUCGGCGCGGCCGCCACCAUGGCCCACGAGAUCGGCCACAACUUCGGCAUGAGUCACGACCACGACGGCUGCUGCGCGCAGGCCACCGCCGAGCAGGGGGGCUGCGUCAUGGCCGCCGCCACCGGGCAUCCGUUUCCGAGGGUGUUCAGCCAGUGCAGCAAGCGCGACCUGGACGGCUACUUCCAGAAGGGAGGGGGCAUGUGUCUCUACGACAUGCCCGACAUGAAGGACCUGGUGGGCGGGAAAAGGUGCGGCAACGGCUUCGUGGAGGAGGGCGAGGAGUGCGACUGCGGCCAAGCCGACGAAUGCGCCAACGACUGCUGCAAUGCCAAUAAUUGCACCCUGAAGGAAGGGGCUCAGUGUGCCCACGGAGUCUGUUGCCAAGGCUGUAAGUUGAAGCAAGCAGGCACCAUGUGCCGGGGCCCGGCCGGGUCCUGCGACCUGCCCGAGUACUGCACGGGCGCCUCGCCUUACUGCCCCAGCAACGUCUACCUGCUGGACGGCUCCGCCUGCCAGUCCGGGCGGGCCUACUGCUACAACGGCAUGUGCCUGACCCACCAGCAGCAGUGCUUGCAGCUGUGGGGCGCCGGCGCCCGUCCAGCCCACGACGCCUGUUUCGGAGACGUCAACGCCGCAGGAAACGCUUUCGGGAACUGCGGGAAAGACGAGCGCGGCAACUAUGUCAAGUGCGCAAAAAGUGACGCCAAAUGCGGGAAGAUCCAGUGUCACAGCGCCGCCAAAAAGCCCAAAGGCACCAACGCCGUGUCCAUCGACACCACCAUUAGGACGGGGGGCGUCGAGGUCAAGUGCCGCGGCACCUACGUCUACAGCACUCAGGACGGCCAGGGCGACCUGCCCGACCCCGGCUUGGUCAUGACGGGCACCAAGUGUGGCGAGGGCAAGGUGUGCCGCGACCGUCGAUGUCAAAACGCAUCCUUUGGCGAGCUGGAGACUUGCAUGUCGCGCUGCCACGGCAACGGGGUGUGCAACAGCAACGGCAACUGCCACUGCCAUCGAGGUUGGGCGCCGCCGUACUGCGAGAAGCCGGGACUGGGCGGCAGCGUGGACAGCGGGCCCGUGCAGUAUGACAGUCAGGUGGGCUUGGUGGCGGGCCUUUUGUUUGCCUUCCUGGUGGUCCUGCCCGGCGUGCUGCUGCUCUUCUACUGCUACCGCAUCAAGACCUCCUACUUGCACAAGUGGCUCGCGCAGAGAGAGAAGAACAAGAGCAACAAGAUGGAGAAAGCCAAGAACAGCCACCUGAAUCCUGCCUUUCACCUGAAAGUGGUCGGCCCAAUCGGCAAAGCCGGCGGCCACAAGGGGCUCUCUGCCACCAGCAAAGAGGUUCUUCCUCUCCGGCCGGACUCCGCGGCUGCUGUCGUCCAGCCGGUCAACAUCGUGCGGCCCCUUCGGCACGCCCCCUUCACGAGGGACGUCAAGGGGUCCCGGCCGCCCCUCCCGUCCGCCGCCCGGCCGUCCCCGCGGCAACCGAGCCCGCCCAAGAAGCCCCUCCCCCUCAACCCUGCGCGAUCACCACCGCCCAGACCGUCGCCCUUGCCCCCCCAGAGGCCCCUCCCCCUCAGUCCCACCAGAGGAGGCUCCCCAGUGAGGGUGCUCACCCCGAAACCGUCGCAGGGCCUGCGGGUCAUGAUGCCCACAGCCGGAGGACUCAAACCUGCGGGCAGAGUGACCGGCGCCCCCCCUCGCAGAGCUCUCAGACCGGUGCCAGGCGCCAAAGCGGACGCCACGUCGCCUCCGUUUUGAAGACGGCCUUCCUCUUCUCCCUCCAAGCCCUUUUCUGUGUUGCUAAACUACCGAGCGGCGUCGGUGACAAGACGGCGGCGUUUUGACGAAAGCGACGGGUCAGCGCGCUGGAAACAUUUGCCACAUUUGACGCAGUUUUGCACGGGGGGUCUCGCAGACUGAGAUGGAGCAGUCUUAAAGUCUUUUUAAUUUUUUUUUUUUUUACCUUCUUUGUACGCGCAAACCGUCAUCAUGUUUACAAUUUGUCGUGGAUUUGUGUUCUGUGCCAAAGAGGGUCUCUCCAUGCUUGGAGAAGGGGUAUCCAGAAUUGCUUCAAAAUCCUCAUCACGAGUCCACUCGUCAGCGGAAAGCUGUUUGAGCAGUUACUGAGGGCAAGGAAGGCACUCUUCCAUGGACCGUCAAAUGGAUCUCAAGGAUACGGAACAAACGCUCAAACGGUCUCAAGCCAGCCGCUCACCGACCAACAAGUACCAUACUUAAUCAUGAUCAUCUCGGUGAGGCGAGAAGAUUCCAAAUAUGAUUUGGGGACUUCGGUAUAGUCGGUCUGUGCACCAGGUUAGACUGUGGUGUAGUUGAAGUUGCUUGGUGUAUGGCUGGUUUGUGAUCCCGAACUCAGAUGCUUCUUUUCAACACUGUUUACAUGUCGAGCGAGGACUUGAUGCAAUCCUCCGCCCUCUCCGUUCAACCACAUACUGAAAUUCAUGUGAAUGUCUUUUGCUUUGUGUCACCACUUUUGAAAAAUUACAUUAAAUCUUUUUU